CAUGUAACCGUCUUAUACUCUUGGUGCAUCAAUAAAAAGGACCUCGACCAUGGGUCUAUUGACACGGCAGAGAUUGACAAGUCCAAUUUGAUUCUGAACCGAGCGGCUCGUCUACCUGGCGAGUGCGCGUCUAAUGUCCAUCAACGAAUCCUCGCCAAAGACUACGCAUUAUGACAUCCUUCAAUUGCCUCGCCCGAGUCUUGAGUCUCUCCAACAUGGCCAGACUCAAUCGACGCUGUCCAAGGACGAGAUAAAAGCCGCAUAUCGACGUGCUCUCUUGAUUCAUCAUCCAGACAAGAUCAAAAUCACACCCACACUCUCAGAUGCGCAUCAGAACCAUCUCCACACCACCCAGACCUAUACGUCAACCUCGACUUCCAACUCGGCCUCGGCCCUGACGACCCAUUACACUGUCGAUGAGAUUGUCGCCGCAUACAAUGUUCUCCUCGACCCAGUUCAACGAUCGGAAUAUGACCACGCCUUGAUGCGUCAGGAUAAAGAUGCUGGGUUGAUUUCCGACGUUGGCACAGGCUCUCAUAUUGGCGUCGAAGUCUUUGACUUGGAGGAUCUUGACUACAAUCAGGCCGAUGACACCUGGAGUCGAGCUUGUCGAUGCGGUGACCAUCGUGGCUAUCUCUUGACCGAGAACGACCUCGAACGUGAAAGUCAACAAGCCGAAAUCUACGUCGGCUGUCGAGGUUGCAGCCUCUUCAUCAAGGUCCUAUUUGCUGUCCAGAGUCCAUGAUCCAAAGCUCACUUGUGAGCCACUCUGCUAUUCCACCCUCCAGUCGGCGAACCUUCUCGUUCCUCCGUGACUUGCUUGAUCUCAUCCUCCUGUCAGCCGACUGUGCAGAGAGGAUCUGCUUGAUCGACCUGUCCCUAUGCCUGCUUCAGUUCAGUUCUUGGAUGUCCUCUAUGAUCUGACUGUGUGUCUAACAUGCUUGUUGAAUCCUUGGAAGCAAGCGUCGAGAUGUUCACCAAUCUGGAAUUCAACACCAACAGUCCAGUUCACCAUUUAGGAUCCCUGUCGAUUUGAUUGUCGAUUGAUUGCACUUUUAGACUGGAUACACAGAAAAUUUUAAUGCCUAGUCCAGAUAGGUCUUUGCCCUACACCACAACGUCAUGUCAAAAGCACUUGUCCCUCGACCCAGCCUUCCCUAGUCAACAGGUUCCAUGCCCGUUUUCUCGUCUGCCCAGGUCAUCGUCCCAAUCAUUCGAGGAUCUCCAG